AUGCAAAGUAGCGCUGCACCGAUUCUGACACCAUCGCACGGGCUCACCUCGCUGUCGAGCGGUUCCACGGUUUCCGUUGAAGGGGCGCAGCCGCAUGUCUUCUGCUUGUCGUCACAGGCAUCCACAGUAGAGAGGGCCGUACGCGGCUCGCACGCGACGUGCGGUGCCGGCCGCACCUUCCGCCCCCUGGAGCCGCCAGCGCCGGCGCUGGGCAACGAGGAGUUCACAACUCGAUGCAAGAGCACCUGUGAUACUAUCGCUGGCGCACUGCCCACCAUCGCCUCGGCUGGCGUCUUUGAGGAGUGUGACGAACUUGCCCGCGACACCGCCGCGCACUUCACGGACGGGGCACUUUUGGACGCGUUGCCGUCGCACUUCUUCUCCUCCGCGGAGCUGCUGACCUCAUCGCACCUGGCCGAUCUGCUCUUGCACGCGCAAGAGAGCUGCGCUGCGGCGGCCCCGAUGAGCAUGUGUGCGGAGAAGACCGCGACGAGCCACCGCCCGCUGACGUCGUCGCCUUCGCUACAUUCCCCCAGCAGCGCCGCUCCGUCUUUUCCGCCCGCCGUCCCCUCAGAGGCUGCGGUGCUGAACGUGUCGCAGCUGGCCUCCCUCGGUGUGCCGGUGCGAAGCGCGACGAGCAGAGACGCGGAUGAGACAGAGGAUACAGAAGCUCGUGACACCCUUAGCUCAGGUUUGAUGCUGCGACGGCCGGCCCACUCGAUGCAGGAGACGAACAGCUCCAGUGCAGCACACCAGGACAACCAACCUCACUUCACACCCGCUGCCGAGCACGACGGCGAGCGCACGGACACACCUGUGGGGACGCCCCCUCCACGAGACCCCAGCACCGCCACCCUACCGCCGCAGUCGCUCGCGAAAGAGGAAGCCUGUGCAACGCUCGUUACGUCCAGCUCCGUCGACUCUGCCGCCCCGUGCACGCUAGCGACACACCCGCUCACGGUGAACAACGCAUGCGCCGACCUUCCAGCGUCCAGCUCACGGACACCUUUCUCUUCUCCCUCGCCACCCGAACCAGCGCCGACGUCUCGCCUUGACCCUGGAAUGAACGCAGCAACACCGGAAGGCGAUCCUGCAGCCCCCGUGCCCUUCGAUGAGCUCUGCCGCCGCUGGAUGCGUCUUCUCGCCCGCACAGCGGUACCGCAUGAGCAGCCGCUGUGCAUCGACUGCUGGCGCGGUACAUGUCUUGCCCCGCUGCAGCAGUGCACGCGACUCUCACUAGAGGGCAUGAAGACACUUGCCACGAUCAUCUCGAGCACGCCGGCUGAAAAGUUUCGCUUCUUCACCAUGUGCUACACCGACCCGGCAGCGGGGCCGUUGCGGGGAGCCUUCGCCACUGCAGCCGGCUCGCGCCGAGGCGUUGAUGAGGUCGAGAACAGGCAAGCAGUCGGCUCGAUGGCGACGGCUGAGAACCUCAGCAGAACGCUGCCGCUCAUUUCGCUCGACGCGGUCGCCGCGAACCUGUUCGGUGCUAACGAGCAAGGCUUGCUGAGUUUGCUAGAGGCGCUCUCGGCGCCUCACGGAAGGUAUCUCCCACCAACGCGAGGGGAUGCCAGGCUGCUGAAGCCGUUGCAGUGCGCCUCGGACGCGCCUCUCGAGCUACGUGGUGCUUCUCACGCAGAAUACGGCGACGACGCAGAACAGAUGAUGGCGGAGUUGGAGAGACUGCGAGCCCAACAGGCGAGCCUGGAGCGGCAAGUCGCGGUGCUGCGAGAUGUGCUGCACUCCCUGGAGUCCACGACCCACCCUCACAGCAAUCGCGGGAAACAGUUCCGUGACACCGUCGCUGCGCCACCGUCAGCGGUGACACCACCGGGAUGGAAGGAGCUCGCGGUGGAGCACAACAUACGUGAGGUGCAGCGCGCCUUUACCGUCGGCGAUGAGGCAGCAGAGCGGCAGCACGCCAUGGAGGACCUCGCGAAAAGAUUCGCAUACGUAUCCUCCACACCGAUCGAUGCCUUCUGCUUUCCGAUCGACGUCUCCGGCCCCGUCGGGCUCAUUGCAGGACUGCGGCUGGGGCUUGUUCCACCGUACUCUGGAUCCAGCAGCGGCCGCACCGACUCCGGCGACGGCAACGUACGCGGCGGCGGCGCCUCAGUAGCAUCCGCGAUGUCGGCGCUGCCGCCGCUCGCCCAUGCGGCCGUGCCUGCGUCCGAGGAGAGCAUGCACCUAGAAGGUUUUGUGCAACGCCAGCUGGGCUACGCCCAGCUCCUGCUCAGCGGCAACACGAGCGCCGACGGCGACAACCACAGCGACGCUGUGAAAAAGAGGAGUAGCGAGAGGAGCAGGGGCGUGAAUGGGAGUCUGUCUUGUGGCGAUGCGGCGCCAACGGCAGCAGCGGCUUCCUCUGCCCCGGCAUCGACCGCGGCAGCGAAGGUGAUCAUGCGCGUGUCGCCGCUGGAGGUGAACGCAGCGUGUGGUUAUCUGCUGCUGCUGCUAAACUACUUGGCACACGUGAACGGCUUCUCGUUUAGCACGGCUGUGCUGCGGCCUGCCGGAGAUCGAAGCACGGUAGCGCUGCUGAAGCGCGUGCCGGCCUCUGCCAGCGGUGCGAACGGUUGUGGUGGUGCUGCCGCUGCGACGAAGUCCGCGGCCUUUUCUCCUUUUAUACUCAGCUACUUCACCGGGAGAGGUGCCGCUGUCACGCAGGCCCACGGCGACGCGAAGUCGGCGAGGGCGACGACGAGGUCCUCGGUCGCACGUGUGGUGGACCGCGAAGUCGACUUCUACCUCACCGACCGCCUGCUGGCGUGGCGGACGUUCGGCGCCGCCUGCGUGGCGGUGGCCACGUGUGUGAAGGAGCUGGCGGAUGCGCUGCAUGAGAGUCUUCGCUGUUGGCGAGUGCGGGAGAGCAUGGUGUGCCGACCUGCACCAUCGGCGGGGCCAGCUGCGCCUUCCGGCACGGUAAAGAGCACGGAGGACGCCUCCGACUUCGGGAGCGCACCCGCAGCGGCCGCUGAUGCGGGAUGCCUCGAAGGCGCGCAAGCCUGCCCAGAUGGGGCCGCUGCCUGCAAGCAGCCACGGGCACCUGUGCCGUUGCCCCAACUCUUGCAAGACCUGGCCAGCACCAACGAUCAUCUGACCAGCACAGUGACUGCACUGAGCAGCCGUGCGCCACACAUGAGCGCGGCCGCUCUCGACACGCUGGGAAGCCUGGGUACGACGCCAGCGGAAGGCGGCAAUGAUUUGAGGAAGUCUGCGAGCACGUCGUCGCGCCCGCAGCCACCGAAGGAGGCGCAGUCGACGCAACGCCGCAGCUCUCCAGUAGUUGGGGAGAGGUUCCCGCUUCAGCCUCCCUUUCAAACGCGUGGCGACACCGUGGACGGCUUCUCUGUCCGUCACGGCAGCGUCUCAGAGGCGAUUUGGACCCUCGGCAUGAAGAAGCUCCUGGCGAAUGUGCAGUGGUGCAUGGAGGCGACGGCGGAGCUGGAACGGCUGUACGUCGUCACCGGGGAGGCAGCCAACGAUGACGCCAGCGCGCAGGUGCGUGAGGAUGACGGAGAGAUCGCUAUGCAGGGGGACACCAUCGCCGGCAUGCGAAGGGAGUAG